AUGGCUGGCGGCUGCGGCUGUAACAAUUGUUGGAAUCAAUCAAUUAAUCGAGAAGCACGGAUAAAGAAAGAGAAGAUGAUACCUACGAGCACUGUUGACAGUCUGAUGGAAUUCACUUUGCGGUUGAUCGGCGUUUGGCCAGAUUCAUCGUACAGAUUUUUGAUGCGCAUUGUUUGGACGACGACAAUGGUCACCUGGCAACUCUUACAGUAUUGGCAUCUCUUUACUCACAUUGGUUCCGAUACUCUGCCGAACCUCAUGGAUUCUUUGAGUCUAUGUUUAUCGAACAGCUUGUUAUUUUUUAAGUUCGGCCUUCUUUGGCUGAACGGACGUAUCAUUUAUGACAUGAUUACGAAGAUGACCGAAGACUGGAAUGAGUGCUCUUCUACUCACGCAAAGAUGCAACCGAUGCUAAAAAAAGCGAUUUUGUCUCAUCGAGUUUCAAAAUACAGCAUCGGUACAUAUACUGUUGUGUUAUUUUUAUUUGGAGCAGGUAACAUGAUCGUUCAAAAGACUUUGGGCUCUGAGCAACUUGUUGAAGAGAAGCCGCUUAUUGUCAAAAUGAAACUGCCGUCUGAGUUCGAUGCGUCACCGAUUUACGAAAUUGUCGUAGUCACGCAAUUUCUUUUGCAAUUCACAUUGGCACUUAUAGCGGGAAUGUUGAAUGCUCUCAUUGUAACGUUAUCGCUUGGCACUCGUGAUGGAAAUAUUCUGAUGGUAAAGAUCAUACCUUAUUAUGCCGUCGUGAAUUUAGAAGCAUUUAUACUUUGCUUUAGUGGCGAAUAUCUUAAUUCCAAGAGCAAGUCUAUAAAUUGGGCCGCGUACAAUUCAUUUUGGUACAAGUUGAAGCCUAAGGAAAGCAAAAUCUUGUUGUUAUUGAUAAUGAGAUCGCAAAAGGAAUUGACAAUGACAGCCGGAAAAUUUGUAGAUUUAUCUCUGGAGGGUUUUACAAGCCUUAUUCUUCAGUGAAUACGUACGGCGAUCAUACGGAAACUUCUAGAAAUUUACAUCAUUUGGUUCAGAUUUGUCAACGGAGAGAUUAAAAAACGUGGAAUGUUUUGCGCGAUGAUACCGACUAGCACUGUCAGUCGAUCGGUCAAAAUCGGCCUUUGUCUUACUGGAAUAUGGCCAAAUUCUUCAAUUUUCUUCAAACUGCUUUGGACGUUGGUGAUGGGAACAGGGUUGAUCUUCCAGUAUCAUUACCUUCUGACACAUUUCAGCACCAAGGAGCUCCCGAAUCUGAUAGAUGGUUUAAGUACUACCUUGCCGCACAGUCUCCUCUUCUUCAAACUGAUCAUUCUGUGGGUUAAUCACCGAAUAUUCAAAAAUAUCCUGACAGCGAUGUCCAACGAUUGGCGCGAAUAUUCCAACAUGUACGCUAUGAUCGACAAGGCAGUCCUCGCGCAUCGCUGCUCAAAAUUGAUCAUCAGUGUUUAUUCGAUAGCAGUGUUGCUUUACAGUACCGCUUCCAUCAACCUAAACAAACAGAAUGACGACGAUUGCCGAGAGUUAUUAAUAAAGAUGGAAUUGCCUUUCGGAUUUUGCGAAUCGCCGAUCUAUGAGAUCGUUAUGUUCGUGCAAUUUGUUCGCCUAAUGGCGGUCGCCUCCGCCAUAGGUAUGCUCGACGCAUUAUUGGUUACGUUGAUGCUGCAUGUUGGUGGGCAAAUAGACCUUAUGCGACAGGAAGUAGAAGAGAUUUUCGUCAAAGACGACAAAUGUUUAUCCACUACCAUUGUGAGAUCUUUAAUCAAUAAGCAUCAUAAGAUUAUCUCUUUCUCGGAGAGCAUCGAAAGUCUUUUCUGUCAUAUUGCGCUGAUGCAAUUUAUCUCGAAUACUUUGAUUAUAUGUUGCAUCGGAUUCCUUAUAGUAACUUCAUUGGGCACAGAUGAAGGCGUUCGGAUGUUAGUAAAGACCUUGUUUUUUUACAUCGCUAUUACUUUAGAGGCGUUUAUUUUUUGUUUCGCCGGUGAAUAUCUAAGUAAUAAAAGCAAAACAAUCGGCGAUGCUGUAUAUGGAUCUGUUUGGUAUAACCUCAAGCCUCGAGAUAGCCGUAUUCUACUGUUUGUGAUAAUGAGAUCACAAAGACGGCUGACAAUUACUGCGGGAAAAUUUAUGGAUUUAUCGUUGGAAGGAUUCGCAAACUUUGUACAAUUAUUGAGCAAUGCUUCGGUAAUUGGGAUGCUGGAUGCGCUGAUUAUGACAUUGAUAUUUCAUAUAAGUGGACAGAUAGAUAUUGUGUGCCAAGAGUUGCUCGAACUUUUCUCAAAAGACUAUGAAUAUAAAUCUUAUAAGGACGCGAAGAACGCAGUUAUCCGCAAGCAUCAGAAUGUCAUUGCAUUCUCAGAUAAUAUCGAGAGUCUUUUCUCAUAUAUUGCGCUAAUGCAGUUUUUUACGAACACGCUUGUCAUAUGUUGCAUAGCAUUUGUCAUUUUGAUAGUAAAUAUUUCGCGAUACGACAUGCUGUUGAGAUCUUUAUUCUUUUACAUCGCUAUCACAUUGGAAGCGUUCAUCUUUUGCUUUGCUGGAGAAUAUCUUAGUAAUAAGAGUAAAUCAGUCGCAAAUGCAGCUUACGAGGCUCUUUGGUAUAAUGCAAAACCCAGCGAAAGUAGAAGUGUGUUGAUCUUAAUAUUGAGAUCACAGAAACGAUUGACUUUAACAAUUGGAAAAUUUAAUGAUUUAUCAUUAGAAGUUUUUGCAGCUGUAAGAUAUAACAAUGUUGUAACCAGCACUGUCAGUCGACCGGUCGAAAUUGGCCUCCGUCUUACUGGGAUAUGGCCAAAUUCUUCAAUCUUCUUCAGAUUGCUUUGGACAAUGGUGAUGGGAACAGGACUGAUCUUCCAGUAUCAUUAUCUUCUGGUACACUUUAGCAUCAAGGAACUACCGUAUUUGAUAGAUGGUUUAAGCACUACUUUACCGUACAAUCUUCUUUUCUUCAAGCUAGUUGUCUUAUGGGUCAAAAACCGUGCUGCAAUAGAGACAUUAGAGGCAUUAGAGGUAUUACGUUACAGAUUAUUCAUUGAUAUUCUGACGGCGAUGUCCAACGACUGGAGCGAGUAUUCUAACAUGUACGCUAUGAUCGACAAGGCGAUUCUUGCGCACCGCUGUUCAAAAUUGACCAUCGGUGUUUACUCUACAGCGGUAUUGCUUUACAGUACCGCGUCUAUUAAUUUUCGUAAGCAAACCAACGACAGUUGCCGAGAGUUAUUGAUAAAAAUGGAGUUGCCGUUCGAAUUUUGCGAAUCGCCAAUCUACGAAAUCGUAGAGUGUGUGCAAUUUGUUCACUUAAUGGCUGUUGCCUCCGCCAUAGGUAUGCUGGAUGCAUUAAUGGUUACUUUGUCGUUGGGCACUGAUGCAGGGAUAAAGAUGUUAGUGAAGACCUUGUUUUUUUACAUUGCUAUCACUUUGGAGGCAUUUAUCUUCUGUUUCGCUGGUGAAUAUUUAAGUAAUAAGAGCAGAACAAUCGGCGAUGCCGUAUAUGAAUCUGUCUGGUAUACCCUCAAGCCUCAGGAUUGCCGCAUUCUACUGUUUGUUAUAAUGAGAUCGCAAAGACGUCUGACAAUUACUGCAGGGAAGUUUAUGGAUUUAUCGUUGGAAGGAUUCACGCACAGUUUGAAAGCCUCCGCUUCGUAUAUAUCUGUUUUAUACGCAAUGUAUUGA